AUGUCUGGGCGCUUUGUUCGAGCGUCCAAGUACCGACAUGUCUUCGGUAAAUCCUCGAGGAGAGAAUUCUGUUAUGAUAAUAUACGUAUAAGCCGAAACGCUUGGGAUACCAACUUGGUUAAGGUCAACCCAGAAUAUCUCUCUGUCAAUUGGGAGGCUAGUGGUGGAGGUGCCUUUGCUGUCAUCCCCUUGGGUGAGAAGGGCAAGCUCCCCGAUGUCAUUCCUCUAUUCCGUGGCCACACUGCUGCCGUUCUCGAUACCGACUGGAACCCUUUCAAUGAUCGUCUAAUCGCAUCAGCUUCCGAAGAUGGAAAAAUCAUGAUUUGGGAAGUGCCACAGGGCUUUACUCUGUUCACAGAUGCCGAAGAACCAACCGACGUAGCUCCUGUCUCCAAGCUGACCGGCCACUCGAGGAAAGUUGGCCAGGUACUAUUCAACCCUGCUGCCGAGAACAUUUUGGCCUCUGCGUCUGGUGAUUUCUCUAUCAAGAUAUGGGAUGUAGGUACCGGCUCUGCCGUCCACGCACUUAAGCACCCCGAUAUCGUUCAAAGUUUGUCGUGGAAUGCCAAUGGUACAAUGCUCGUUACAACCUCGAGAGACAAGAAGCUUCGAGUAUGGGAUGUAAGACAAGAACGCCCUGCACAUGAAGGCCCAGGUCAUGAAGGUGCCAAAAACAGCCGAACUGUUUGGUUAGGAGAGCAUAACAGAUUUGCUACCACGGGCUUCUCUCGCAUGAGUGAUCGUCAACUUGCCCUUUGGGAGCCUGGUAACAAUACUCCUAUCCUGAACACGACUCUCGAUAGUAUCUCCGGCGUUUGCAUGCCUUUCUGGGACGACGCUUGCAAUUGUCUCUAUCUGGCUGGAAAGGGAGAUGGCAAUAUCCGAUACUUCGAGUACGAGAACGACAAAUUCGAAUUCCUUUCAGAAUACAAGUCCAUUGAACCUCAGAGAGGUAUUGCUUUCCUUCCAAAGCGUGGAGUGAAUGUCCAUGAAAAUGAAGUCAUGAGGGCAUACAAGACAGUUAACGACUCGUAUAUUGAGCCUAUCUCUUUUACCGUUCCUCGGCGAGCUGAAACAUUCCAAUCGGAUAUUUUCCCGCCGGCUUCUGGCGCCAAGCCCGGUGUCAGUGCCAACGAAUGGUUGUCCGGCAAGGCUGGUCUACCACCAAAGAUCGAUUUUGAAAGCAUCUAUGAGGGUAAUGCACCUGUGGAAGUCCCUGCUGAUUAUCAGCCUCCUGCUGCGGCUCCGGCUCCGGCUCCGGCUCCGGCUCCAGCGCCUAAGCCUGCCCCUAAAAAUGAACCCGAACCAGCACCAGCCGCAGCUGCAGCGCAAUCUCCGCCUCCCACAAUGAAGGAGCAGAACCGCUCCAUAGCUGCUAUAGCUUCAAAGUAUGAGGAUGAAGCCGAAGCCGACGAUGACGAAACAUCAAGCUUUGAAGAAAUCACAAAGCCGACCCAGCGCAGCGCAAUCCCUGCACGAUCUGAGCCAGCGGCGCCCUCCCCAACCAAGACCACCUUUGCACCGCCGCCUCAAGCAGCACCCGCAAUUAAGUCACCCAUCCAUGCAUCAGCUCCGGCUACAGCAGCCCCUGUUUCAGGAUCUUCGAACAGCCCAACAGCUGGCCCGGGCGUUGAAACAACUUUGGAGGAGAUCAAGCAACUAAUAGAGACCCAGACCAAGAUGAUCAGCAUGCAAGGUCAAAAGAUCAGCCAUCUAACCGAAGAAGUAGAUAGUCUAAAGAAGCGAGUAGGAUCUGGAACGCAGGACCAGAGCGAGCGUAUCCGUCAGCUAGAACUGGAGUUGGAAGAGUUGAGGUCGUAG